AUAGAUUUAUUCAAAUGCUCAAAGCUCAUUUGCAGUUAUUCAAUUCUUUCGUCCAUACCAUAUAUGAGUUGUUCACACUUGAAAGAUGACUCGUUCAUUCUGGAGCCAGAUCUGUCUUUUAUGGAUACUGCAUUCUCGGAUGUUAUUUAUUUUAUCAAUGCCAGAUCAACUGGCUUCAACUGGACUGUUCGACAAUUUCAAGUUCGUUUAUACUUCCACCGCACACACACACAUAAUUUAGAUUCUGGACAUCUGAAAGCAAUGGACAGACUGACGAUUAAACAUCCUCGCAAAGGUGUUUGCUUGAAGUGUUUGCCUAUCUUAGGCGUUCUCAUUCACUACAUUUCGGUCGUUUCUUUCACUGAUCACCGAAUCUAG